AUUCACCAAUUAUACUCCGAAGUUCAUUUCUUUUUCAUGGGGGGAGAACGACACUGUUUAUCUUUUUGUACGGAGUACUCUGUAGUCAGUGGUGUCUUUCUUGUGUGCCCGGUCUGCCCUGUAUCUGUAUUUGGACUUUGGAAUAGUUCGGGUUGGAUCUUGGGCUGACAGACUCCAUAGCCGAUCUUGCUCCGAUCUCCUACAGCGAAGACCGAGUCGACUCGCCAUUCUAGAUGGUUCCGUGUCGACUCACUCUCCUCCUCACUCUCUCCUCUCUGCUCAUCCUCUCCUUGUUAGCAUCUCAUCCUCUGGCCAAAACCGCCGCCGUGGACGACGACGACGACGAAGAUCUCAGCUUUCUCGAGUCCGACGACGAAAACGACGAGCCGUCGAAACCCUCCCACCUGUCGGACCCUCAAUUCGGAAGUGACGACGAAUUCGAGGACGAUGUAGAAGACGAGGACGACGAGGACGAUUUCGACAGCUACAGCGACUUUGAUGAUCCGCAGGGGCUCGGUGACGAGCAGGACGAGGACGACGGGCCGAAGGUGGACGAGAAGGAUGUGGUUGUCUUGACGGAUGGAAACUUCAGCGAUUUCGUGGAGAGUAACAAGUAUGUGAUGGUGGAGUUCUACGCUCCCUGGUGCACUCACUGCAAGGGUCUCAAGCCGGAAUAUGCCUCCGCCGCCACCGAGCUGAAAUCGGAGAAUGUGGCUCUUGCUAAGGUAGAUGCCACCAAGGAACCCGAGCUCGCCGAGAACUACGAGGUCCAGGGUUUCCCUACUGUUUUCUUCUUUGAUGACGGCGAGCAUAAACCCUACAAUGGCCAGCGAACCAAGGAUGCCAUUGUGAAUUGGAUCAAGAAGAGGAUUGGGCCGGGGGUAUAUAAUGUAACCUCAACUGAGGAUGCGGAACGAAUAUUAGCAGCUGAAAACAAAUUUGUUGCGGGAUUCCUUGAUUCUUUGGUGGGUCUUGCAAGUGAGGAGUUUGCUGCUGCUUCAAAAUUAGAGGAUGAUAUUAACUUUUAUCAGACAGAUGAUCCUAAUGUCGCUAAACUUUUCCACUUGGAGCCCAAUGUGGAACGACCCACAUUGGUCAUGCUUAAGAAGGAAGAGGAAAAAGUUGCCCUUUAUGAUGGUGUCUUCACAAAAUCUGGUAUAGUUGCAUUUGUUUCUGCUAACAAGCUUCCAUUGGUGACACCAUUUACCCGCGAAAGCGGACCUUUAAUAUUUGGAAGUCCAAUUAAGAAACAGGUGAUGCUAUUUACCACAGCAGAUGAUAAGGACAAGUUCUUCCCUAUCUUCCAAGAUGCUGCAAAGUUCUUCAAAGGAAAGCUUUUAUUUGUAUAUAUCGAAAUGGACGACAAAGAUGUUGGAGAGCCAGUGGCAGAAUAUUUUGGAGUUGGCGGGGACGCUGCAAAGGUACUUGGAUACUCAGGAAAUGAUGAUGCUAAGAAAUACAUCUUCGACCAAGAGAUUACACUUGAGAACAUUAAGGGAUUUGCUUCUGAUUUUGUGGACAGCAAGCUUAAACCUUUCUACAAAUCAGAUCCUAUUCCCGAGACCAAUGAAGGGGACGUGAAAAUAGUUGUGGGGAAUAAUUUUGAAGACGUGGUCUUGGAUGCGUCAAAAGAUGUCCUCCUUGAGAUCUAUGCACCGUGGUGCGGACAUUGCCAAGCUCUAGAGCCAACAUACAACAAGCUUGCCAAGCACCUACGUGACAUCGAGUCUAUUGUCGUUGCUAAAAUGGAUGGAACUACAAACGAACACCCCAAAGCUAAGGCAGAAGGAUAUCCCACCCUCCUUUUCUUUCCUGCUGGAAAUAAGUCUUCUGAUCCAAUUCGCGUGGACUCCGACAGGACGGUAGUGGCAUUGUACAAGUUCAUCAAGAAACACGCCGCUGUCCCCUUCAAACUCCAGAACCCGUCAACCUCUAACACCGCCACGCCUCAGAAGACCGGAGACAUCAAAGGCUUCGAUACGAAUUUUAAUGAUGAAUUAUGAACAUAGCAAUUGUAUCAUCAGAUAUAUAUAGGUAAAGGAUCAUGCGUGACAUUAACUUUUUAAUAUGUAAUGUUUUUGACCAAAUCAUUUUACCCACAAUCAUCCAUUUAAUGUUUUCUCUUGGAUUGAGUGGCGCCAAAUCCACACAAUUUUUUGUAGGCCUACAACUAAUUAAGGAUGGCAAUUUAAACAAAAACAAAUUCUAGUGAAUAUU